UUUGUUUCUACAGAUAAAAAUGAACGAAGCAUUUAGCAUAACUUCAAGAUGAGACUGCAGGCAACCUGGUGAAUGAACUGUCAAAACGUAUUCACCGGCUGAACUCAAGCGAUUAUCACAGAAGUGUGUAAAAAAGGUGCAAUAAUGAUGUAUUGAAUUGAUGUUGUUAUCAAUUAACUUUUGAACUCCAGCGAUUGUCAUAGCAACAGGUUGCUUGAACGAUACAUCAUAGAAGAAGUGCAGGAUUUGCAAGCUGCUCUAAAAUAUACGAUUGAAUAUUAUUAUAUAACUUAGUGUUCCUGAAGUACUCAUGGAAUUUUCUGAAAACUAAUAUAAAAAAGGAGGAGUUAUAUAUAAUGUCUUGAAGGGGAGUUGGAUUUUGCGUCUUUAACCGUGACUGUUUUGGAUUUUGUUAGAGCGCGAGAAAGAACACGUAGCAAUGGCCCAGUGUUGGUCGAGUGGGAGGAGCCUUCGACAGUCGUGACCCACUUAAGCCAGGCUGUAGCUCGGGUGGGAGGAGCCUGAGACAGUCGUGACCCACUUAAGCCAGGCUGGAGCUCGAGUGGGAGGAGCCUGACGCAGUCGUGACCCACUUAAGCCAGGCUGUAGCUCGGGUGGGAGGAGCCUGAAACUUUCGUGACCCACUUAAGCCAGGCUGGAGCUCGAUUGGGAGGAGUCUGACACAGCAGUGACCCACUUAAGCGAGGCUGCAUCGGAGCCUUAAGAAUCCUCUGCUGCAACCCAUCUCAGCCUACGAGGGUAGAGCCCUUGCAAGACCUGCCACAACAGUACCAUCGGGGUACUGCCAUUACAGUGCCAGUAAGGCAGUGCUAUAACAGUGCCAUUAAGGGAGUGCCAUUGUGGUGACAUCGAACGUCGCCUACAGAAGGAACCGUCGCCAUGGCAACGCCUCCUGAGAGCCCGUUUGGGGAGGGCGAUUUCAUGCUUACUUUUGAUGCCCCCAAGAUGAAGGCCGCCCCCGUGAGGCUGGAGGAACUCUGCAAGCAAACGCGCUUCACCAAACACGAGAUCCGCGUCAUGUACAGGGGCUUCAAGCAGGAGUGCCCGGAAGGCGUCGUGCAGGAGGACGCCUUCAAGGAGGUCUACGCCAAGUUCUUCCCGCACGGCAACUCGAGCCUGUAUGCCCACCACGUCUUCAAAGCCUUCGACCUCAGCAGCAACGGGCAGAUCAGCUUCAGGGACCUGCUGGUGAGUUUAUCCCAGCUCCUGAAGGGAUCUAACCACGAGAAGCUCAAGUUUGCAUUCAAGAUGUACGACACGAACGCUGACGGCUGCAUAACCAAGGGCGAGCUCACCGACAUAGUCAUGUCGGUGCAUGAGCUCAUGGGCAGAACAUCAAACCCCUCCCGACAUCCCCCAAGUGAUCGCCCCAUUGAAGCCCCGAGUCCCGUAGUGGCGGUCAAGCCUAAAAAGAAAAGUUCGUCCCAAAAAUCAUCCAAAGCUCAUGCCGCCCUCCCCUCCCAUGUACCAACGACCACCAAACUCCAGACCUUGGAUGUCCACCAGCUACAGGAACGUCGUGUCGAACGCGAUCCAUCCUCUUCCAUACUGACUACCACUCUCUCCUUGAGUCCUUCCACUCUCACUGACACUCAUACUGCUUCCACUUCAACGGGACCACUCCACCUUGAACACCACAUACCUCCACCUCCUCAUCAUAACAUCCCUCACCAUCCAGCGGAUGGAGAAGGGGAAGGCUGCACGGCCCCAGAGCCUUCUGAGGUACAGCAACCUGCUGUGUUUGUUUGCUGCUUGCUCGUCGAGCUGUCGUUGGUGUAG